CAGCAAAUUUGUUCUUUUUUUUUUUCCCUUACGGCCAAAUUUUCAACUCUAACCUCACUACCUUGCUCGUCCGUCUGCAAUGGAAGCAGCGAGAUUCAUCAACCAAAUUCAAAUCACGAAAAAUCCUAAUCGCAGAUUCUCUCGUCCUCCCCUCGAUUUCCCGCGCUUUGUCAGAGCUUCUUCGUCUUCAACCUCACAGGUUCCCCUUCUUCCUUUUGCUGUCUCACUCUCUCUCUUAUCUUCUGGUUUUGGGGGUCAGCAGGAGCCGAAAAGCUACAGAGGUCCGAAACCGAGCAAGAACUUGGUGGCUGAUUUCGUUUCCAGAAACGACGACUCGGUCAGGAGCUUGCCCAUCUACGUCGGAGGCGCUUCCCUCUUGGCCGUUCUCUUCAAUCGCGCUGUUUCCGGUAUCGCUCCUGUAGCCGAUGCUAGCAGCUCACAGUCAAGAGCGGAUCUACUGGCGCUUGGUUUGGCUGUAACCAAUUUAUUGACCGGUUUAGUCUGGUUAUCGAUCCGACCGAAGACCAUAACACCGGUGGAACCUGAAGGUGUGGACUGCAAAGUUUUGGAACCCAAUCUUCCUGCAUCAAUACUCUCCGAGUUGUUAUGGGCUUGGGAAUCUAUUAAGGUGGCAACAUGUUGUAAGUCUCUGGUUAUUGUCUACAAUGGCAUUUGCCUUCUUCAAAUCGGGAUGGCUGCUAAAUCUCCGGAUGCCAACAAAGCAGUCCUUGUCAACACUGAUAAGCUGAUGACAGGAUCGGUUUACCAAGGGGUAUUCAAAUCCAAAGCACAAAGUUACUUGGCAAAUCUUUCUCUAUAUCCUGGGAGAUCAGAGCUACCAUUUCUGCCUCCAAAUACACAGGCGGUGAUUUUGCAGCCGCUUGGUGAUAAAGGAAUCGCAGUUAUUGGCGGAAAUACGAUCAGAGGCUUCACGUCUUCAGACCAGGCAUGGAUUUCUUCAAUUGGGGAGAAGCUAGAUGCGACACUGGGGAGAUGUUUUCUUGAUUCCGAUGAGAUUUCCCAAGAAACAGAUCGGUAAAGAUGGGCAUUUCGUUUGUGGGUGCCGUUUUGUGUUAUGGUGCGAGACACUAACAAAUCAGUGGAGAGUACACUGAAUGAUGUCUCUAGACAACGCACUCGUCUCCCCAGCGACUGCAUUUCGUUCUGGGAGCUCUCCAUGAAUCGCUGAAAGAGAUCUACCAGACUAGACUGUUGUUUUUCGAUCUGAGUGAUCUGGUUUCUGAUCAGAGACAAUUCUUCUUCUGCAUUCUUUGUCUGAGAAGAACUACUACUCUCCUCUUCUUCAUCACUACUCUGAACAACAGCAACAACUUGUGACUUAUUAGAUCUAUUCUCUUUGACCUUUGGCUUAGCCGGAAACAGAACUCUUCUAGUCCCCGAUGGCCGCUUCUCUUUCGACUCCGCAGCUUCAUCAUCAUUUAACUUUGAGCUUGUUGGUACGUUUGGAUUAUUUUCUUUGCUUUUCAAUGUGUUGAUUCCUUUUCCUGUAGAAACUGAUUUGGAGAGGGAAGAUGAGUCUGGAGAAUCAUCUCCAAGUUGCUUCCAUAAACUCAACGUAUGAUUCAUCGUCUCCCUAACAAGCUUAACCUUAUCAAAUCUUCUGCUCUCAAGAAGAGCAAGACAUGCCUUCUUAUACAAAGGAGCUAACUCUUCUUCAGCCGUAGCUACUCUAGCCACGGCCUCCGCAGCAGCUUUCCUCGCAUGCCAAUCAUCGCUGCUUAGAAACUCCAACACGUUAGGUAAAAGCCAAUCCAGAACCGCCUUGUCGCUGUUUCUGCCUCCAAUGGCGCCGAUUACGCUUCCUAUGGCUCCUAGAAGUUCAGGUUUCGCCUUGAAACCUUCCGAUUUGAGCAACUUCCCGAUCUUCGGAAGCGCUUUUUGCAACUGCUCGACAUCAGGAUCAUCAGCCGCGUCUAUAGCCGCCGCAAGGCACACCGCGGCUCCUAUCUGCGCGUUGGCAUCGCAGUCGUGGAUCAAGGCUUCGAUCAUUGGUCCGGCGAGGACAGAGAAGGGCAGUUCGGUGAUGUUGGUGGUCAUAUCCACGGAAGCGGUUGCGCAAGCGGCGCGGACGGAGGAAUCAGGAUCGCGGAGACGGCGGAGGAUAGUGGAGACCAUCUUCGGGAGGUGAGGAGCGAGGGAGUCUCCAUGGGAACGAGAGAGUAAGGAGAUGAGCGAGACGCAGUGUUUCCUAACUGGAGAUUUCGCUGAAGAGUCUGUGGUUUGGAGACAGUUUAUGAAGAGGGAGAAGGCCUCCGGUGAGAGGUUGAGAGCGAUUGAGUCGAGCUCUGCGGCGGCUAGAGAUUGAGUGUCGCGAUCGGACAGACGGUUGAGACAGGCGAUGACUCGCUGCUUGAGAUCAGUAACCGUCCUCGGCGGUGAAACAGACGGAGACGAACGCAUUUGAACGGAAGGCAUAAAGUUUCAAGCAAGAAAAAUAGGUAAGGAAAUAGAUAUGGCGGCAGAAAAAAAAAAAAAAUGGGCAAUGAAGAUGAAAGUUUGGUUAGUACUUGCCUUUUAAACAAGACUCCUCUUUGCCUUGCCUUUUAAACAAGUCCAAUUUUCACCCCCCCCCCCCCUUCCAACCAAAUUUUUGUUUUACAUUUACUCUAUACAAAAUUAUAUUAUUAUUAUUUUAAAAUACUCAUAAAAAUAGAUCCCCCAAAAAAUUCGUGAUAACUCCAUAAUUUCCUUUUUCGUAAGAAAAUUUCAAAUAUAAAUUAUCAGACAACUGCUUCUGUUUUUUAUUAAUGUUUUAUUAUUACAUCAAAAUAGAUUUCUUUUUAGUAUACCAACAAAGAUUCCAUAACGUGGGCAGGGAAUAGUUACGUAAAUCUUCUGUGUAUUUCUAUAAUAUUAUUUGAUAAAUCAGUUUUUUAUGUGUCUC